UGGCGGCUGUUUACAUCGAUUGGGACCCUGCUUAUAUAGCUUCACGGAGCCUUUUCCGGCCUUCUUUGAACAUUACACGCUCCCCUGUAAGCACAGCAGCUGCAAGAGAAUCUGCUUCCACCGGCGGAGGUCUCCGCUAAAGAAACACAAAGCACAGAUUCGAGUCUUUGGAUUUCUUAUAUGCAAGGCUGAGGCCAACCGACCUACUUUCAUGGCCUCUUUUCACAAGUUUCGUGCACUUCGUUUUUCCAUCAAAACAUUUUCGCAGUUGUAUUCAACCAACUUUGCUUCUGGAGCUCGACAUGGGUUUAGCAGAGGUUUUAGAAGCCAUAGCUCACUUUCAACUUGCGAACCAAAAAUCUUGAAAUUGGAGGAUUAUGCUUCGGGUGCUGAGGCAGAACGCGAUUAUGAGGAUCUCCGAAGGAUCCGUCAGGAAUUUGACGCUGCUAAACUUAGCUUCCUCAAGAUUCCCGAGGCGCUCAGGGCAAUGCCGAAGUUGAAUCCUGAAGGCAUCUAUGUGAACAAAAACCUGAGCUUAGAUAACAUUCAGGUGUAUGGUUUUGACUACGAUUACACUCUCGCUCAUUACUCGGCCAAUUUACAGUGCUUGAUUUAUGAUCUUGCCAAAGAACAUUUGGUUAAUGAGUUCAGAUAUCCUGAUUCUUGCAUGAAGUUCAAGUAUGACCCUACCUUUCCCAUUAGAGGCCUUUACUAUGAUAAACUCAAAGGUUGCCUCUUGAAGUUAGAUUUUUUUGGUUCUAUUGAGCCGGAUGGUUGCUACUUUGGUCGUCGUAAGCUAAGCCCGAGUGAAAUCAAAGAGAUAUAUGGCACACGACAUAUUGGGCGUGACCAAGCUCGUGGGCUUGUUGGCCUGAUGGAUUUCUUUUGCUUCAGUGAGGCAUGCCUUAUUGCGGAUGUUGUGCAACAUUUUGUUGAUGCGAAGCUCGAAUUUGAUGCUUGCUACAUCUAUCAAGAUGUGAACCGGGCAAUUCAGUAUGUUCAUCGAAGUGGCCUGGCCCAUAAAGAAAUAAUAGCUGACCCUCAUGCCUACCUAGUCAACAAUGGGCGAUUAUUGCGCUUACUCACAAUGCUGAAGGAGAAGGGGAAGAAACUUUUUUUACUGACUAACUCCCCAUUUUACUUUGUGGAUGGUGGAAUGCGUUAUAUGUUGGAGGCUUCUAUGGGUUACAAGGAUUCUUGGAGAGAAAUCUUUGAUGUUGUGAUAGCUAAGGCAAAUAAGCCAGAAUUUUACACAUCUGAGCAUCCAUUUCGUUGUUAUGACACAGAAAAAGACAAUUUGACUUUUACAAAGGUGGAUGCGUUCCUUCCAAAUAAAAUUUAUUACCAUGGUUGCCUGAAGUCUUUCCUUCAGAUUUCCAAGUGGAAUGGUCCUGAGGUUAUAUACUUUGGGGAUCACCUUUUUAGUGAUCUGAGGGGGCCUUCAAAAGCUGGUUGGCGCACUGCUGCAAUCAUUUAUGAAUUGGAAAAUGAAAUACGCAUACAAAAUGAGGAUUCCUACCGUUUCGAACAGGCAAAAUUUCAUAUAAUCCAAGAACUUCUGGGUAAAUUGCAUGCUAUUGUGGGUAAUGGCCGAAAAAGUGAUGUGUAUAAAUCUCUGUUGAAAGAACUGAGUCAGGAGAGACAGAAUGCACGAGAUACAAUGAAGAAAAUGUUUAAUAGUUCAUUUGGUGCGACCUUUCUCACGGAUACGGGUCAAGAAUCUGCCUUCGCAUAUCACAUACAUCAAUAUGCAGAUGUUUAUACUAGCAAGGCAGAAAAUUUUUUAUACCAUCCACCUGAGGCAUGGCUGCACGUACCCUUUGAUAUCAAGAUCAUGCCACAUCAUGUCAAGGUCCCCUCAGGUCUUUUCAGAAACCAAUAGCUGGAUAGGCUGCCUAUAAGAAUUUUCCACAGUUAAGACACAAUAAUGAGUAUAGCCUCAGUGGAUGCCCAAGUACUUGACUUUGGUCGAUGUUCAUUUCAUUCUUUUAUUGGCACUUUCAGGCCACCCCAUCAUUUAAUUCUUGACGACGUUUCCUUCGUCGCCAUCUCCAUUCUUUUGGUUCUAUUCUGUAGCCAUCGCUUCUUAUCCAUAAGUAACUGCUAGCCACAUUCUUUUCACCCUUAAUUCGUCCUGAUAUACAUAUAUUGUAGCAUAAAUGGUUGGAAUAAGAUGAAAAAAAUGGCGUUCCAGAGUGUUCAA